AUGGGUCACGACGAGAAGAAGGGUACCAUUAUUUUAGACAACUUCAACUCGACAGCUAAUUUAACAGCUAAUCCGGGAUUCCAGUCUACUCUGAGCCUCGGUUCAAAAGAUGUUAUUAAUGAAAAGGCGUACAAUCCUUUUGAACACAGAAAAGUGUCUCAUCCAAACUCUACUAUUGGCUCCCUUGUACAUUUAUUAAAAUCAUCACUUGGCUCCGGUAUCCUGGCGAUGCCGGCAGCUUUCAAAAAUGCUGGAUUAGCGGUUGGAGCUUUUGGAACUAUUAUUAUUGGUUUUAUUUGUACGCACUGCGUGUAUGUUCUUGUUAAGACAUCACAGGAAGUUUGUGUGGAAGCGAAAAAGCCGUCGAUGGGAUUCGCGGAGACCUGUGGAGCGGCUUUCGAAUUCGGACCGAAAAAAUUAAGGCCUUGGGCGAAUUUUGCAAGAACAUUCAUAGAUUACACAAUGACGUGUACGUAUCUGGCUGCUUUGUGUGUUUACGUUGUGUUCAUCGCUGAGAACUUUAAAGAGGUUCUUGAUGAAUACUAUCCCGAAUAUAAACUCUCCGUGGAGGCGUACUGUGCGCUAACCCUUGUUCCUCUCGUUUUAAUCUGCCAAAUAAGGAAUUUGAAAUGGCUGGUGCCAUUUUCUGCAGUAGCAAACAUCUUCUUAGUGAUCUGCUUUGUCAUUACUAUGUAUUACAUAUUUGAUGAUUUGCCCAAUCCUACUGAAAGGCAAAUGGUUGCUAGUUUUACGCAAUGGCCAUUAUUUAUAAGUACCGUUAUCUUCGCUAUGGAAGGCAUUGGAGUGGUGAUGCCAGUUGAAAACGAGAUGGCGAAACCUCAACAGUUUUUGGGAUGCCCUGGAGUUCUUAACGUGGCAAUGACAAUCGUAAUUUCCUUGUACGGUAUUGUUGGUUUCUUUGGGUACAUCAAGUAUGGAGACAGUGUACGCGGAAGUGUUACAUUGAAUCUGCCACAAGAUCAAAUUUUGGCCCAAAGCGCGAAGAUCUUGAUGGCUCUCGCUAUUCUAUUUACUUAUAGUCUACAGUUCUACGUGCCGAUGGAAAUGAUCUGGCGCGAAUUGCACACUAAGAUAUCUGUGAAAUACCACAACUUCAUGCAAAUUACUAUCAGAACUACCGCUGUCGUAGGAUCGGUUGCUAUUGCUGCUGCUUUUCCUGAUUUGGAGCUAUUCAUCAACUUAAGCGGUGCGAUAUUCCUGUCAAGUCUUGGACUUUUGACGCCAGCAAUAGUAGACACUGUGCACAAUUGGAAUCGAGGCCUGGGAAAAUAUAAUUGGAUUUUAUGGAAAAAUAUCAUUGUAAUGAUUUUAUCGUUCAUUGCUUUGUUCGCUGGAUCUUACGUAUCAAUAGUGGGUAUAGUCGAAAAAUACAAUACCACACACAAUUUAGAAUCCAACAUGAAUUCAACUCUAAGAACGUAA